GCCAUGGUGGUGGUGGGUCCCCUGACCUUGAACGCAGUAACGUUCCUGCUGGUUCUGAUCAGAUGGGGCUGUCAACAGAUAUUUGGCUCACUCCCUUCCUUCACGUCAAAGUUUAUCAUGGCUCAGGGAGUGUGGACAGUCCUGCACCCUCUGGCAGUCCUUGCAGUGGAUGCUGUCCUUGGGCGUCUAUCCUACAACCCAGACAGACCAGUGGGGGAUGCUGCCAAGCUUUUCUGGCACUUCCACAGAGUCGACCAAUCGGGCGCAGCCGGGGUGGCCAUCACUGUCUUCCUUUACGCAGUCGUCUCUCUUCUGUCCAUUACCAUCCUCUGCAUUUACCUGCUCAGAUUUCACAACAAUGGCCGCAUGCUGGACAUCUUCCAAAGGCUCACAGCCAAGGAGGGGACUUACUUCCUACCUCAAGACUUGGAGCUGUCCAAUCAGGAGCUUAGCUACAUCAUCAAGAAGGCAGAGCAAUGGAGGGGCUUUAACGGCGAGAGGCGCAAGGUGGCAGUCUAUGACUAUAUCUGGACAGCAGAGGACCCAUUGGCUGGUUCUGCAACCCCCGUAGAUGACCCACAUAGGAAGCCCUCUCCCCUACCACAGGGAGAGACCAGCACCCACGUGGCCAUCUACACGCUCUACGUAAGCGGGCUCAAGCAAAGAUACAGACAUUUCCUCCGACAACCAGAUGGGGCCAUCAUUGAGGUGAUUGGUGACCUGGAAGGCUUAGACAAUACAACCCGGAUGACACCCUUUGCAGGCCAGCGAUCAGGACCUCAGAGGAUGGCUCAGGACACCUCAGACGUCACCCACCAGCUACGGAAAAGACAUAAGCUUUUUGGACGGUGCCCUCGUGUUGAGCCAGAAGGAGGAAGCAGGUAUGACUCCAGUUAAGCACAAGACCCCAACCAAUAAGAAUAAAGCAAGGGGCGAAAAGGUUUGAACACUAAACUACUGUCAUAUAACAACUGUCACUUUGACUCAGGGUGCGAGGUAUAUGUUGAGCUUUGUCAGUAUUUAUCAAUUUAUCCAUCCAUCCUUCUUCUAUAGUGUUUUUCCUCGUAAGGGUCAUGGGAGAGAUGGAGCUUAUGAGAGCUGUCAUUGGGCAAACAUUGAUACAACCUAACAACUAUAGACUAUUUACAGUCUUCAAUGUUUUAUGUGACGGCACGGUGGCCGACUGGUUAGAGCGUCAGCCUCACAGUUCUGAGGACCCGGGUUCAAUCCCCGGCCCCGCCUGUGUGGAGUUUGCAUGUUCUCCCCGUGCCUGCGUGGGUUUUCUCCGGGCACUCCGGUUUCCUCCCACAUCCCAAAAACAUGCAUGAAUUGGAGACUCUAAAUUGCCUGUAGGCAUGACUGUGAGUGUGAAUGGUUGUUUGUUCCUAUGUGCCCUGCGAUUGGCUGGCAACCAGUUCAGGGUGUACCCCGCCUCCUGCCCGAUGACAGCUGGGAUUGGCUCCAGCACGCCCGCGACCCUAGUGAGGAGAAGCGGCUCAGAAAAUGAAUGAAUGUUUUAUGUUUUUGGCAUGUUGGAGGAGGCUGGACGACCCGCAGAAAACCGACACAAACAAAGAGAACAUGCAGACUCCGCACAAGAGCCGAGCUGUUUACCCAGAACCUCUCAACUGCGUGGCAGAUAUGCUAACCAUUACUCCACCGUAACGCCUAUAUAAGACUGUCACCAUAAAAAUAUAACGGGAUGGCACCUCCCACCACAUAACCUUAAUUUUACUGCAAAUUAAGGAGAACAAGAAUUUUCUCAUAAUCCUGGAAUUCAUAAAAAAAAUACUAUUAGUAAAUAUUAGAGCUACGAACGAGUGGUUCAUAAGUCGAGUCAAUUUUUGCAUUAAAAAAAACAACAAACGCUGAAUCAGAAUUUUCGCAUUUGAUUCAGAUGAGUCAAUGUACUUUUCUUAUUCUGAGAAGCGCUGCAAUGCUUCCGGAAUGAAAUUAGGUCUAUUAAUUUACUGUUUUAAAAUGGAACUCAGGUGAACGCUCCCAUUGAUUCCAGCGUAACUCGAACUUUCAGCUUGUUUGGAAGCAAUGUUUUGACACUUGAAUGAAUGAAAUGUUGAAUCAACAGAUACUUCGAGAUAGCAAUGAUAAUUAUACGUUAAAGCCAGAAAUUCAAUCCAAUUACAAGUAGAAGAUGCAAAUUGGAUGAAAACUUGUUAAUGCAACUAGGCAGUAACUAAUGUAAAAGUUACUGAUCUCAAAUUAAGUGAUAAAACAUCACUUUUCGGCUUCCCAAGCGGGAUAAUAUUCCAGCCAUCUUGAUUUGUAUUGAAUACGUGUCUGCUAGUCGGUGCUUAGUGUAAUGAAGUGGCUCACAAAUCAGGCCAUAAUGGCCGGCUACUUACACAUAUUGCUUAAUUAAAGGCUGGGAGCUUAUUAGCAUGUGUCCCAGCCGUGGUGCACCGGGAUGAUAGGGAUCAGGGGCAGAUGUCGUAGAGGGCCAGCCUUUAAAGAUUUUAUAGAUUGCUAAUCCGCCGUGCUAAACUAAAGUAAUUGACUUCCACAGGCGAACAGGUUAAUUGGAAACAGGUGAGUGUCAUGAUUGAGUAAAAAAAAAAAAAAAAGGAUCAUCCCCGAAAAGACUCAGUUAGUUGUUCACAAGCAAGGAUUGGGAGAGGUUCGCCACUUUGUGAGCAACUGCGUGAUCAAAUGGGUAACUUGCACAUCUGUGAAGACACCAUUAAUGCUAAAAGGUACAUAUAGAUUUUGGAGCAACAUAUGCUGCCAUCCAAGCAACGUCUUUUUCAUGGACAUCCCUGCUUAUUUCAGUAAGACAAUGGCAAGCCACAUUCCGCACGUGCUACAACAGAGUGGCUUCGUUGUAAAAGAGUGUGAGAACUAGAUUGGCCUGCCAGCAGUCCAGACCUGUCUCUGUGACAAUGUGUGGUGCAUCAUGAAGCACAAAAUACGACCAUGGAGAUUCCGGACUGUUGAGCAACUGAUGUUGUACAUAAAAAAGAAUUAUACCUGCAAAGCUUCAGCAAUUAGUGUCCUCAGUUACCAAACACUUACUGGGUGGUGUUAAAAGGAAAGGUGAUGUAACAUGCCCCUCUCCCAUCUUUUUUGUUAUGUGUUGCAGGCAUCAAAUUCAAAAUGAGUGAAUAAUUGCAACAACAAAAAAACAAUAAAGUUUAUCAGUUUGAACUUUUAAAUAUCUCGUCUUUGUAGUGUAUUCAAUUGAAUAUAGGUUGAAAAGGAUUUGGAAAUCAUUGUGUUUUCUCCGGGCACUCCGGUUUCCUCCCACAUCCCAAAAACAUGUGUGGUAGGUUGAUUGAAGACUCUAAAUUGCCCGUAGGUGUGAAUGUGAGUGCAAAUGGUUGUUUGUUUAUAUGUGCCCUGCGAUUGGCUGGCAACCAGUUGAUGGUUCCCGCCCGAAGAUAGCUGGGAAAGGCUCCAGCAGCCCGCGACCCCAAUGAGGAGAAGGGGUAAAAGAAAAUGGAUGGAUGAAUGUGUUUUGCUUUGAUUUACAUUUUAUACAAUGUCCCAACUUCACUGAAAUUGGUGUUUGUAUUAUUGCACUCCAACCAACUCAUGGUGAUUCCUUUCCUGGUUUUAAUGGCGCCCAAUAGUGGAUCUAUUUCACAAGACAUCGAACAUCAGUCAAAGACAAACGUGCAGUUUGUUUAAUAUGGGUUAGCUCAUAUUUAUUUAGACAAAAGCCAAAAAUAAAAAUAAAAAGAUUAAUGUUUGUGUUCAACAGUAAAUGGUGAACAAAAAUGAAAUCCAAAAAGUUGCAGUUUGUAUUUAUUCAUUUGUGUAUUUUUAAAAUUAGACAUAUUGUUGUGCUAGAUAGAAUGACCAUGUUGUAUGUCUUAUAUGUCUAUCUGCUUUGACACAAGCCAGAGCUAAAAAACCCAGACCCCCCCGGCCCAAUUCAAGCACUCACAUUACCAACAUUAAGCAGAGAUACGGCCUCUCACAGAAUAGAUGGCAAGAUUCUCUUGCUCGUCGCCAUGUGGCCUAUACCUUCGUCACUCCUCACAUAUCAUUUGUCAUAGCGAUUUAGGUUUUUUUCGCAUUGACACUGCCAGCAUCGCCCUGUUCUCUGCCUCACUGUACUGUUUGUUACUGUUCGGAUCGAGCUAUAUUUUAUGUAUGUCCAUGAUUAAAAAGAUGCCCUAGCAUGGCAUCCAUUACUUCGACAAGACAGGAGAUGGGUGUAAAAACUUCAACAGAUGAGAAAGUCUCAUUUACUUUGAGUAAGUUCAAUGUGAUGACAAGGGACCUUUCUGACAACUCUAUCAUUUUAUUAUAUUGUUAUAAUAUUGCUGUAUUCUUUUUUUAUUGCGUGUAUUAUAUACAUUUUAGUUUAUUAAAUAGUAGCUGUGGUGGCGCCGUGACCGACUGGUUAGCACGUCUGCCUCCCAGUUCUGAGGACCGGGGUUGAAAUCCCAGCCUCGCCUGUGUGGAGUUUGCAUGUUCUCCCCGUGCCUGCGUGGCUUUUCUCCGGGCACUUGGGUUUCCUCCCACAUCCCAAAAACAUGCGGGGUAGGUUAAUUUAAGGCUCUAAAUUGCCUGUCGGUGUGUAGCUCGCCUCUCGCCCGGCGAUAGCUGGGAUAGGCUCCAGCACGCCCCCGACCCUUGUGAGGAGAAGCGGUAAAGAAAACGGAUGGAAAUAGUAGAUGUGUCUCAUAUUGUAUUUUUUUCUCAUUAAAACGUGGAUUAGAACAUGGAUGUAGUGGUGGAAUUCACAAUGUACUGUAAG